AUGGAUCAAGAUGUUUAUUAAGAGGAAUUGUUGGAAAAUACAAAUAUAACAUAAGUUGAAGAAAUUAUUGAAGGAAGUAAUAUAAAUUAUGAAUUAAUAUCAAAAUAAAAAUAAAGAAAAUGGGGAGGAGCAUUAGCAUUUAAUAAGAAAGGGAACUUAUUAGCAGCUGCAUCAAAAAAUGAUGUAAAGAUCUGGGAAUUUAAGAAUGGUUAAAUUACAAAUCCAUAAUUUUUAAAAGGUAAUUAGGUAAUCAGAAUAAUUAAAUUUGGUUUAUAAUCUAAUUUUCUUGUUGCUGGUGGAAGUGAUGAAACUAUGUUGGUUUGGGAAUAUUAGAAAAAUACUUGGAAAAUUAAUACAUAAUUAGUUGGACACAAAGGAAGAGUUAGUGCAUUUAUAAUAAGUAAGAAAGAUGAUUCAAUCAUAUCAUCUAGUGAAGAUGGAACAAUCAAGAUUUGGGUAACUUAGGGUGAAAAUAAUGGAUGGAAAUGUUAAGAGACUUUGAAAUGUAUGACAGGAUAAAUUUAUAGUGUUGUUGAAAAUUCUAAAUCAGACUUAUUAGCUUCAUGUUCUGCAAAUAAAAUUAUAACAUUUUGGAGACAAUAAAGAAUAUCAACAAAUAAUUAAUUAUAAUGGAAAAAAUUUUAACAUAUAAGAAAUGAAGAUUAUGGAACCAAAAUAUGUUUUAUAGAUCAUGAUAAAUUAACAUGGUAACCUACUAGUGAUGGAUAAUUAUAUUUGUUUUAAAUGAAUCCUAAUAAUAACCUAUUUGAAUUAAAGAAUAAAAUAAUAUUAGGAUAAGGAAAUUAUGACUUUCAUUAUUUUUAAUCAAUAUAUUCUGAUAUUUCUCGUUUGCUUAUAGUAAGACAUAAAUAUAGAAUAUAUUUCAUAAAAAUGGAUGAUAAUGAAGAAUUUAGAAUAUAAUAGAUUAUACCAUUUAGUACUAAUUGGAAUUUUGCAGCUUUAAGUUCAGAUGAAAAAUAUUUUAUAACUUGGGAUUUUUAAAAUCAAGAAUUCCAAGUCAGAUAAAAAAAUGAUAUAAUUCAUAUUUGA